CGUGGACGCGCACGCCUGCAGGGCUCUGCUCCGCGGGUGCGCGACUCGACUCACAGUUUGACGUGCGGACUUUGGGAGAGCGAGAUCAUCUGCGACUUUCAGCCACUUUUACUGCCACGAAUAAAGCGGUCAAAAAGUGAAGGAUCAUUAUGGGAAACAAGUUCAGCAGGAGGCGAGACGCCCCAGCCAACAGCGCUGAAAACGCUGCUGGCACUGAAGAGAAGACUGCAGAGGAGCCAGCAGAAGAUCCUGGGACAACACAGACUCAGGAGGCCAUUGAGACAGAGGAUCUCAGUGUGACUGCCGGUGAGCCUGUCACAUUAGAGGAGUCUUCACCCCCUGAAGAACGUGCAUCAGAGUUUAAAGAUGUAAAUGAUGUUGAACCCGAGCCUUUGGCAGAUGAAACCUCAGCUCAACCUGUGGACUCGGUCACUGAAGCAGCACCUGCUGCAGAACCAGCUCCAGAGCCUGUUCCUGAACCAGAUCCUAGCUCAAAACAAGAGGCAGUGGUUGAGGCAGCCCCUGAGCCCAUCUCCGAGUCAGUGCCGGCCCCGACUGAGGCUCUAGAGGAGCAGACAGACAUGCUUACCCAAGAGUCUCUCCCUGAGCCUGUGAUUUCUUCAUCUGCUUUGAUCGACCUGGGUGUCCCUGAUGCAACUCCCCAACCUGACACUCCUCCUUCCCCAGCUCCCAUUCUCACCUCAGUCAAUACAGACGAGCCCUCAGACAUCCCGGUGACUGAGGAGUGCCAAGACAAUGCUGAGGUUUCUGUGAUUUCCGCGCCCGAGCCGGAAAACUCUGAGGAAAGAUCAGAAUCUCUGGAGAAGCUGGCGGAGGUGGAGGCUGCAGGGAAUUUGGAGCAGCUUGUGAGUGAUGUCAGUGAGGAGAGUGUUAGUGGACUCCUCCAGAACCUAGAGCUGAAAGGAAAUGACCUUGUCGCUGACCUCAUUCCCACUGAUGUCAAGAUCCCUGAUGACACUCCCAUCACAGACAUGAGCGCUUCCACUGAGCUGAUGUGAAUCCACAGAAGAGGAUUUAUGAAAGAAAUAAAUGGAGAUUUUUUUUUUCUGUGAAACCUUCUUAACUCUUUACAUGACAUCUGAAAAGAAUCAGACACAAUGUUUCUUUUACACCUCAAGGGGCCUAAACAAGGCAAACGGUUUCUUCUCUUUCAAAAUGAUCCGAAAUACCAAAUGAACUGUGGGACAAACCAAUGUCUUGUCACACACUCUCACAAAAGUAGUUACACGUAUAUGGGUUUUUUUUGUGUGUGUGGGUGAAGGGAUAUGACUGUACUUGAGUGUAUUUGUGCGACAACAGAGAUCUUCUCUAUGCAAAUUCAACAAGAUUCAAAUUAGAAUUUAAAUAUUUUUUGUGGAUGCUUGGAGAAAAAGGUGGAACUGCAAAAUAACAGCCUCAUACAAGGGAAGAAAUGUGUAGAAAAAAAAAAUCGUGUUGGGAAAAGUAAAAUACAAAGGGAAAAGUAAAAUCUUUUUUAGGUGGAUAUAAGUUAAUGCAAAAUGACAGGCAUGGGACAGUAGCAAUGUGACCAAAGAUGACAGGAGACCAUGUAUGAAUACCACUAUAUAGCAGGAUACAAGUGUCCAAGAAACAUUUAUGUCUUAACAUAGUAAUGUUUGGACCUCGCAGUAUUCCUCUAACAAGUGUGACUAUCCUAUUAUUGUAUUUUCAAUACAAUAAUAUUAUUUUUAAACCAAAGUAAUAGAUUGCCUGUGAAAAUAAAAAUGUUAUUCCACAUGUG